AUGAGGUCAACACUGUCAGAAGAAGAGAAAAACGAAAUAAUCAAGGAUCUUAAUAUAAAAAUUGGGGAUAAUAUACUUAAUUUAGCUGGUGCUUAUGAUAUUGAAGUACAUUUAGCGCAAAAGAAAGAACAUUUGCAAAGUUGUCUGCACAUUGCUAAUGAUAAAGUACCAACGCAACUUUCUACAGCGAUUAAGAAGGCGGAAAAAAAUUCUAAACAAAUACAAAAUCUGAAAACUAAAAGUGAGCAACUAAAAGAAAAAGUUGAAGAUUUUAUAAAAAGAAGUGAACCUCUAAAAAUAGAACUUGAUAAAAGAUUUUCUGCAAUCAGUAGACUCGAAGGGGUAUUAUUAUACUUAAAAACCUUUGAAAAAAUUGAUGAACUAUGUCGGCAGAUGAAACAAUGCAGUGAUGAUGAACAAUUAGUUCAACUUUAUGGAGAGCUUAAGGCAAUAUGCAGUAAGAAUCAUAAAAGACAUCAGGCUGCUUACAUAAAGGAGUAUACCCACUAUUGGCAUAAUGUACUUAAGGACAAUUUAACCAAGCACUAUGAAGAUGUUUUAAAAGCGCUGAAAUGGCCUUUCUCUUCAUCCGAAAAUUCAACCCCAGCAAAAGAAGUUCUGAUGAAAUUUACUAAUAUCACUCGUUACCUAUUCUUAAUACAAGAACCAGAAGAUAUAGUAUCAAGUAACAGCUUAGAAGACUAUAGCUUAGAGCAGAAUGUCAGUCUGCCCGUGCGAAUUCUGCUGCGCCCCAUCAAGAAGAGGUUCAUGUUCCACUUUACCGGGAGUCGUCAGACGGCGCGCAUCGACCGACCCGAGUGGUUCCUGACGCAAACGCUCAACUGGAUCAAGCACAACCGCACUUUCAUCCACGACCACGUGCAGCCGGUCGCCGAUAAGCUGGAUGUAAAAGGGGCCAACACUGUGGAUGAGUUCAACAACGGUGUAGUGUCGCUGGCGGCGGAGCGACUGCACACGGUGCUGGGGCUGUACGUGAGCCAGGGCGCUAGGGGUGAGGUGGCCGACGCGGACGCGGCGUUCGCCCACGCGGUGGACGAGACGCUCGGCUUCCACAGGGAGCUGGUGGCCGUCGUGGGCCGCGAGUGCGGCGAGGUGGUGAGCGUGCUGACCAAGGCGGAGAACCUGGUCCGGUGGCUCGCCGUCGAGAAGAAGUACGCCCUGCUGAAGAUGGACGAGGCGCUCGGCAGCGAGCAGUGGUGCGAGCCGGUGGUGUCCGGCGUGGGCGUGGCGGUGGGCGACGUGCUGUGGGUGCCCAGGGCGGCGGACUGGUUCGUCGCGCUGCUCAAGACCAUUGAGGACCGCUACGCGACGCUGCCGCAGCCGGGCCACAGGUUGCAGUUUCUCGAGCUGCAGCUGGAGCUGGUCGAGGAGUGGCGCGUCCGGCUGACGCAGCUGAUGGGCGCCGCAAUGGACGCCCUGCAGCCGGAGACGUUCCUCACCAGCUCGGGGCCCCAGCCGCUGACGGCGGUCAUCAACGCAGCCCACUACACCCGUGCGGUCCUGCUGCAAUGGGCGCACUCGUUGCACUACCUGCAAUUGCACUUCUAUCGGCGCCAGUUCGACAACUUCACACAUCGGCAGCACAAGGACGAGGAGACUGAGAUGGCGUCAAGCACCGGCGAAAGCGAUGAUUACGAGUACGCGUCCAAAACAGUAAUGACAGAGAUGAGGAAUUGUACGAGAACAUGUCCAGGUCCA